GUUUUUCCAGCUCAGCGCUGUACAUGAACUGGAAGCGGGUCUCUUCACUGUCCACAGCCAUUGCCGCACUCCAAAAAUAAAGGUGUAAAGGUGGCCAACGGACAAGGCAUUGGUGGCUGAAUUCAUUUGUGUCUCCAGACAAAUGAAUAUGUAAAUACGGUGAUGGAGACUCUCUGGCUGUUUCAUCUUUUCCUGCUCCUAAUCAUCCAGCCCCAGCCCAGCAACACUCACAAAAAUCUGACCUGCCUCAAUGAUUAUGUCACUUCCAUCACCUGCAUUUGGGAUAGCACAGAAACAGCACCCAACAUCGACUGCAGUCUACAUGGCACUCUUGGAAGAAGGAACCCAAGUAAGCCACAUUGUAAACUGAAGCCUUUGGGUGGCCAGAAUCCAACAUUGAGACACUGCCGGCUGAAUUUUACCCGGGUUUUUGGUAGAACAGACAAGAUCCCCAUUAAUGUCAUUUGUGAGAACUCCACUCAACCUGUUGUCCAGAUUGCACAGUAUCAACCAUAUCUAAAUAUAAAAAUGAACCCUCCUGGUAUACCCACCAUCAGCAAUGACAACGUCUCAUGGACUCGUGGCAGUCCUUUCUCACAUUACCUUGAGUCCUACCAAUUCCAGCUGCAGUAUACGCAGGCAGACCAGCGCAUAGAGGACGGAAUGCUCAUAGAGCUACAGAACAAGGAGACGUGGUGUGUGCUCAGUGAGGAGCUGCAGAAAGGGGCCCACUAUAAGGCCAGGGUUCGAGUGCGUCCGUCUGUAGGUUAUGACGGGGAGUGGAGCCCUUGGAGUCCCGUUGCCUCGUGGACAUCAGAGGCGGGGAGGUUGCCUGGACAUUCAGGGGGCCGGGAAGAAAGGUGGUUGGAAGUGGUGAUUGGCUGCACUGCACUGGCUCUUAUACUCCUUGCCGUCGUCAUCUUCGUCCCCCGACACACCAGUUGGAUUUAUAAGGUCAGCUGUCAGGCAGUGCCCGACCCUGCCAAGUACUUUGAUACCCUCCACUUGGUUCAUAACGGAAAUUUCCAGAAGUGGCUGGGGCCGAUGUUUCCCCGAGAAUCCUUUGACAUCCUCCAGCAUCCCGAAGACAUCUCCCCUGUGGAAGUCACAAACAAGGACACUGACACUCUCUUCAGGAGAGAGAACAUUGCUGCCCUUGAGCAGCUGGAGAGCAGCGGUCAGUCCUCCAGCUUCUCCAACAUUGGCUACUUCUACUCCAGGUACCCUUACGACAGCGAGCCAUGCUCUGUGUACUUCAGCUACCAGGCAACAGCGGGUGCUACGGAGGAGAAGAAGGACGAGAGAGAGGCUGUCAAGAGUGGUACAAUCGAAAUCUGCUCCUCCUAUGAGUGCCUGCAGAAGCUCGGGGACCGUAAAGAAGAAGAAGAACCCAUACACCCAGAUUCGGGCUUUGGGGUUGGGAGUGACGAUCAGGAAAGUGACGAGGACAGAGAGGAUGAGGACAGGCUGAGCGAGCUGAGCGAUACGACCAGUGGCUCACAUCCUAUGCCCAUCCUCCCUUUCCCCCCUCCUUUGGGAAAAUCCCCCUUCCCUGCCUUCUUUUCCCACAAUGGGCUGGGCUCUCCACACCUCCCUUUUCCUCUGGGUGCAGCUCUUGCUAGCAAUCACACCUCAAGGCAAAUUGAGGAGACUCUUUCCAAAGCAUGCUUUGGGAACAUAGAGCCCUCUAGUGGUGGAUAUAUGCCAGUGAAGGACACAUAAAACAGCUUGCCAGCUGAGAACAUUUAAAAGAUCCCUGAUCAAAAAGCAAACACACGUCUCCACCAGGAACAAACCCUACAUUCAGGAAUGCA